GACACCUUUGCUUCGCGAUGAUUGGCUCGCGGCGGGGGCCUCGUGUGUGUCCAAUAUGGCGGCGCCCAGUGGCGGUGUGAACUGUGAGGAGUUCGCCGAGUUCCAGGGAGUGAUAUUCUUGAAGAUAAUCUCAACAGAUUGAAUUAUUUGACAAACAUCAUUUGGUCAAAGAAGUUUCUGUGGAGUCUUUCCAGCAUUAUAUACACCCUUUUCACCACUUCAGCUGCGCAGAUUAGAUCAGGACAACAGCAGCAGACUUCAAAUGUGAUCAAAGUGCCUAACAAAUACAAAUAUUUGUAAAAAUCUUAAAUAAGGAAUUACUCAAGGUGAUGAGGACGAUUGAUGACAGAAUAGUACAUGAAUUAAACACUACGGUUCCAACAGCUUCCUUUGCAGGGAAAAUUGAUGCCAGCCAAACCUGUAAACAACUUUAUGAGUCUUUGAUGGCGGCUCAUGCCAGUAGGGACCGAGUCAUAAAAAACUGUAUAGCUCAGACCUCAUCAGUAGUAAAACAGCUCCGAGAAGAGAGAGAAAAGAAUUUGGACAAUUUAACAUUAUUAAAGCAACUUAGAAAAGAACAGACAAAGUUGAAAUGGAUGCAGUCAGAACUGAAUGUUGAAGAAGUGGUAAAUGACAGGAGCUGGAAGGUGUUUAAUGAACGCUGCCGAAUUCACUUCAAGCCUCCAAAGAAUGAAUAAAAAGAUACUUUUUUUAAAAAAGGACCGGGUCAUCUCAUAAGAGUUAAGCAUGACAGACAUCAACAUGGUGGGCUUCCCAGGAAGAUUUCUGAGCCAACAGUCCAAGACCUUUUGUUGAUUUCAGCCCCACUUACCCAAGACCUCAAGUAUAAAUAAUUCUGAUAAUUAUGGAGAAAUCAACUGCUAUUUUAUACUGAUUCUGUAAAAAAAAAAACAAAAAAAAACAAACAAAAAAAGAUAUUUUGUAACUAUUAAAAUAAUUUUCUGACUCAGUGUA